AGAAGUGGCCCAAGAAGAACAUAUACUGGCACACCGCACCCAUGUAGCCAAGCCCAGUUGAACUCGAGCCAUGGUAGACCCAUAUUUGUGGGAGCAUUGCAUGCUGGGUAUCACUUUGCUUGGCUAUGCUGUACUGGCCAUCAAUGCCUUCAUCAAUCGACGACAGCGGUGGCAACUCUCCGAGGAAUCGAAGAUGAUGUCGGAAUGUGAAAGGUGUUCCGUGGAACUCGCCAACAGCUUGAUUCCCACCUCCAAGGCGGUGCCAGAAUACCGCUUCAGGGGCAUGCGCUUGAAGAUGUCAUCAAUCCGCAUUGAGUUUGACAACUUGGGAGUGAAGCUGAAGUCCACUGGGCAGUGCAUUGUUGAGGGUGUGAGUGGUGAAUUUCGGCCCAAGAGGGUGGCAGCUAUCAUGGGGCCGUCUGGGGCAGGGAAGACGACCUUCAUGAACGCUCUAUGUGGUCGUUCCUGGACGGCACAUCCCAGGACCACCACGGGUGCCAUCCGCAUCAAUGGACAGACGAGCAGCAUCGCCGAGGUGAAGCAGCUGCGUGGCUUCGUGCCACAGGACGACGCGGACAGACGAUGGAUUGCAUCCAACAGAGGUGAGAACUUGCGACCCUUGGAAACGCGUUACCGCUUCAAGGAGAUGAUCAACAACAUCGUCGAAGACGUGUUGAACGUGAUGCAACUGCUGGAUGUGCAGCACAGCAUCGUGGGCAAUGUGGAGAAGCGUGGCAUCAGUGGUGGAGGGCAACGCAAGCGUGUGAACAUCGGCUUGGAGCUCGCGGCCAGGCCCACGAUCUUGAUGUUGGAUGAGCCAACGAGCGGAUUGGAUGCCAGCACUGCGCUCGAGAUCAUUCGCUCCGUGAAGCGACUCACAGCCAUAGGCAUGACUGUGGUGAUGGUGGUGCACCAGCCUCGCUACUCGCUCUUCACUCUCUUCGAUGAUUUGCUUCUUCUUGGUUUGGGUGGCCGAACUGUCUACUUGGGCAAAAGCGAGGGGGCUCUUCCAUACUUCCGAAACUUGGGCUUCCAGAUGCCCCAGCACGAGAAUCCGGCCGAUUGGUUUAUGGAUGUGAUUUCAGGCAGGGUGAGGAACGAAAAGGAUCCGGACUUACAGCCGAGACAGUUGGCAGAUGCAUGGGCUGAGUUAAUCACCGUCAUGCCCGAGGAGUUAGAGUUGGGCCAUGACACUUCUGAGGGCCAGCACGACAGCUUCGCAUUCACGAAGGCUUUGAAUGGCAAACUGUCUAGUGCAGGAUACGAGGACGUUGAUGAGUUGAGCCAAGAGCAGUUCCUCAACUUCUUGGACACCAUGCAGAUCAAGAGGCCUUCCGAGGCUUCUUGGGCACGUCUCAUGGAACGAAUGGGAUUUGAAGAUGGCUUCAUCAGUCGACAGAAGCUGGUCUUUUUCCUGCUGGGUUUGAGAGGUUCUUUCUCCCAAGAACCUGGCACUCGAGGCAUUGGGGAUUUCAUUUCCUCGGCCUCAGAAUCUUCCAAAGAAACCUCUGUGAGCGGGAUCCCCACGGGGAAGAAGCUCGGACGCCGCGGGCGCUUUCUCAUUCAGUACCCCAUCUUGCUUCACCAAAAUAGCAUCCGCUGGGCAAGGGAUUGGAAACACAAGCUCAUCAGCACAUGUCUCAUCAUGUUCGCAGCCGCCGUGUUUGGAGCUCCGUGUCAAGACAAGCUGAUCCCAGAAAACAUCCUAUGCCCGCUCAAGAUCAACAUCUCCCAUUUGCCCAUCGGCACCUUGAGCAGCAUAGCAUGUCUCCACAUCUUCGGUUCCGAUCGGCCGUUGUUUUGGCGUGAGAGUGCCAGUGGAGUGGGCGUGACCGCCUUCUAUCUGGCCCGCCUGACGGUGUCUUUGUUUGAUGUGCUCAUGUGGUCCUACUUGCACACAGCUGUUUGGAUGCUGUUCUCACAGGCACCCUGCAGCUUUUGGAUGUGGCUGAUUGCCUUUCGCAUGACCGCCAUGUGUGCGAGUGGAGUGGGCAUUUUUAUGUCCACACUGGUGCCAAAACAGAAUUCCACUCUCGCAACUGCCGUGGUGAUUUUGGUCAUGGGCGGAGCAAUGAGUGAACCCCAAGUGAUUGCUGACGCUGAAGGUUUGAGUAGUGCACUGGCCUUUGUCUCUCCAUUUACUUGGACUGCGGGACAGAACUACCUGGCCCUUAUUGACACAAGUGGUGGAGAAGAGGCCGUAGAUUUCUAUGCCGUCAUGAUCAUGGAAGGCUACCAGAAAAUAUUGUUAUGCUUAGGGGGGAAGGAAUUUGGGGUACCUGACUUUGACGUACAUUUUCUGUAG